AGCUAGCUACAAACUUCAGGGUUUUUCCCAUUCCUCUUAAAAUGUAAUUAUUUAUGUAUUUAUUGAUGCUGUUUAAAACAACAUAUUAUCCGUUAAAUUUUUAAACGGCUAUGAAACGCCUUUUUGUCCCCGUAGCGGUCACUCCACAAGCGGAACCUCUCCGUUUUUUUCUCCCUUUCUCGGUUGAGUCAGAAUGAAGUAGUUUCCGGGCGACACAGGGUACCAGCAGUAAACAUGGCGGAGGAACUGCUGGAAACAGUGGAUAGACUUCAGUCCCGGCUCCUGGAGAAUCCGGAGCCUCGAAAGCUUCUGAAGACUUUUAAAAGACUGGGGGAACUUCCAAUGACUGUGGACAUACUAGUGGAAACUGGAGUUGGGAAGACUGUGAAUUCUUUUAGGAAACAUCAGCUGGCUGGAGAAGUGGCAAAAAGCCUCGUAGCCAAAUGGAAAAAACUUGUUCCACAGUCUGCAGACAGACCCACCAACAGCCACGACAAAGAGGCACCACGGUCGCACACACACCCUCGAGGCCCAGAGGCAGGAGGAGGUGGAGGAGGCCAAAGACGCACCCGGGAGCCCUCCCCUGAGGAAGAGCCCUCCUUCAUGGAGGAGGAGGAGGAGGAAGAGGAGGAGAAAGGCUAUCGCACAAACUACUCACCCUCACCUCCUCAACACAAGCAGUACAGCCCUCCACAGCGAGGAGGCUACCAGUCGGACGAGUACGGGAGCCCUGAGCCUGACCUGGAACCUGAACCUGAGCCGGAGCCUGAGCCCAGUCCUCCUCGCAAAGAGGUCCGCCACACCAAACCAAACAAAGAACCCAACAAAAACCACCACCACGCUGACAAAAACAGGGACAGAGACGAGGAGCGGCGGCAACGCCACGCACAGAUGAGUAGCGAUGGAGGAGGAAGGGAAGACGGCGAAGGGAAGAAACGCAGCGCAGACAGAGAGAGACAGCAGAGUCCAGUACUGAAGUCUACGAAGCACAGCAAGAAGUCCACCACACAUGAGAGUAAGAGGGAGGAGAAGAAGAAAGGAGGCGAUGAUGGGCGACCGCGGAUGCCAAAGGACUCUCCACCCAAAGAGGAGGAAGAGGACUUUGAGACUCCCACCAUGUCCUUUGAGUCUUUCCUCACAUAUGACGCCCCAACACCUGUCAAGAAGAAGAAGAAGCCAUCAUCAUCAUCAUCCUCCUCGUCACACAGUCGACCGCCUCACUCUUCUUCCUCCACGUCGUCCUCCCAUCGUUCACGCACCCCUCCGCCUGCCCCCCCCUCCUCCUCCUCCUCCUCGAAAGGGAGCAAGGCUAACGGCACUCAGAGCACCAAGAGGCCACACUCAGGCUCCAGUACGGCAACGCCGGAAAAACGCAAGAAGGGGGUUGAGGCCGUCGCGACUCUUCCUGAAAUCCCUCUGCCAGCGAUUCAGCCCUAUUACAGACCUCUGCCCUCCAUCGAUGUCACUCCGCUGUCCCCUCAGAGACGGAAAGUUCCUGUCUGCAACGACGAAGAGGAUUCCGGGUUCACAGGGAAGCGAUUCAACUCCAAGAUGGUGGUCUACUCAGGAUCAAAGACGGCUUACUUGCCCAGGAUGAUGACUCUGUACGAGCAGUGCAUCCGUGUGCUGCAGAACAACAUCGACUCCAUCGCUGAAGUUGGAGGAGUGCCGUUCGAGAUCCUGGAGCCGGUGCUGGAGCGAUGUACACCAGAACAGCUGUACCGCAUUGAGCAGAGCAACCACUGGUUUACGGAGGAUUCUGACGAGCUGUGGAUGCGUCACUGUCAGAGGGACUUUAAGCGCGAGUCUCCUCAGGAGUACGAAUCGUGGAGGGAGAUGUAUCUGAGGCUGCACGACGAGCGCGAGGAGCGACUGAGGAUGCUCACCCAGAACAUCUCCUCCGCCCACGCCAACAAGCCAAAAGGUCGGCAGGUUAAGAUGGCGUUUGUGAAUUCUGUCGCCAAGCCGCCACGUGACGUCCGCCGCCGACAGGAGAAGUUCGGCACCAUCAGUGGUUCGUCGGCCACGUCCACCGCAGCUGCAGCUCCCAUCAAAAUAAGACCAGCUCCCGCAAAUUACUCUGGUGAAUCGAGCCACUCCUCUUCCUCCCAACUUAACCCCUCUCCCAGCUCGUCUCGCUCCUCAGCACCAGGAGGAGGAGGAGGAGGAGGAGGAGGGGGAGGAGGAGGAGGAGGAGGAGGACCUGCAGCCCGGGACAAGCCACAGGUUAAAAGUAAAAAUCGCCCCCAUGAUGGCCAAAACUAUCAAAGCUUUCAAGAACAGAUUCUCCCGCCGAUAGUGUGAAAGAGUCUGAAUGUAUUUUAUGAAUUCCAACUGUAUUUUUAAUUUAAGUAUAGAAAAGUUUUACUGGAGAGCCCUUGAUCCACACACACACACACACACACAAACACACACACUUUUUACCCACCAAACAUAUCAUGGAUAUAGGAACGUUUCAGUACUGGUGGAUAAAUGGUUGUUUUUUAAUUUCUUUUUUUAUUUAAAUAGUGGCAUCUGUUUUUAGGGGUCUUUGAAAAGUAUUUAAAUCAUUAAUAACCAAAGGGGUAUGACGUCUGUGAAACUUGUGAAAGUUACGAAAAUUAAGUCCCCAACUUUUUACAAAACGCAAAGGACACACACACCUUCAAACACACAGUCUGUUGUUUUCUAGCAGUCAUUUUAAAAGGAAUAGUUUGACCCUUUUGGUAAAAAACCAACUCUUUGUUGCUUUCUUACAGAGAGUUAGACAAGAAGACUGAUACCACGCUCACGUCUGUACGCUAAAUAUGAAGCUCAAACCAGGAGCCGGUUAGCUUAGCAUAAAGAUUGCAAGCAGGGGAAACCGCUAGUACAUAAUCAUAAUAAAUAAACAUAAACAUAAUCUGCCUACCUCCCAGCACCUUUAAAGUUCACUAACAUGUUGUGUCUUGUUUGUUUACACCGUAAAAAAUGGCUUAAAAUGUAUGUAAAAAAAACAAAACAACAAUUCAUAGUUUUAUGGGGGGCAAUGUGCCAAACUACAAUUUGGCCAGGUUCAGUUGCCAGGCAACCAGUGCUACUGGUCAGAACCUAGAAAGGAUGUAGCAGGUUUCCCCCUGUGAAACACUGAAUUGUCGUUUUUACAAAGAAACUACACACUUUUAGCUGAGACACACUGGGUCGAUGAAUGAGAUGUGCUGGUAGGUGGAUUCUGCUCCCAUGCUAGCCUUUCUCCUGUUUCCAGUCUUUAUGCUGAGCUAAGUUAGCGGGCUACUGGCUGUAGCUUCAUAUUUAGCGUACAGACACAAGAGUAGUACACAGCUUCUCGUCUAACUCCUAGCAAGAAAGUAAAAAAACAUACUUUGUUUACUAAAAUAUAAAACUUUUCCUUCACGGUACGGUAAAGUUACUUAUUAUUUUCCUUUUAAAGAAUAGUUGUUGGUUACGUUUCAUAUGAUCAAAUCAUACACUACAUGAAGAACACACUUUUUAUUUUUAUUUUAAUGGCAUGCAAGGUGCAUGUCAGCCGAGACAUCAACAGGCUGGUUAAAGACUGCUUUUUUAAAAACAAGCACAUGCUUGAUUUAAACGUUGCAUUUUUUAAAUAUGUAGUUCAAAAAUCAUGUCCGUGGAGAGAAAAAACACACACACACACACACACACACACAAUGUAAAGUUAUUUUAACCAUCCUGUGGCUUCAGAUCAUGAUUCCCUGCUGUUAAAUGUGUUUGUCCCUGUUGAUAUCUGCUUCACUGUGAGAAAAGGCGUGAGUGAAUGCUGAAGAGACUGUAGGAAGACAAGAGGAAGAACAGGGAAACACAACAAUAAGGAAGGAAGUUAAUAGGACGUCUGCAGCUUCAGUCUACAACAAUGAUGAGAUGUAUUUAUUUUCAACACUGGGACCUGGCACCCCACAUCAUGGGCCUGAGAGGAAGUAGCUUAAAAAUUGUAAUUUUAGUAGAUUUUAAUAAAUGUUAUAUGGUAAUUUUUAUUAAAAUUGACGUUUUGCCCUUAAAAACUGUGUGCAGAAACCUUUGUGCGGUGGCGUUUUAUCAAGCAACACAAACAUCCUCUGUGCUUUUUCACGAUCUUCUUUUUCUCUUUAAAUUACUAAACAGUUUGAGAAAACCUGCCGAGGAGGUACAGUAAUAUGGAAAAACUCACUUCUAGAGAAUGUCCUGAAUAAAGAGGUAUUUGUAUGUUGUUUACAUAAUGUUAUCCUUAAAUCAUGUAUUGUGGCAUUUGUUCCCAAUUAAACCUGCAUUUUGUGUUUUU